AUGACGGCUUUCCAACAACCUAACUUGCAACAAAUCUUCUCCUCGGUAGAUAAAGAUCGAUCUGGUCAAAUCAGUGCCGACGAACUUCAACGAGCUCUUUCCAAUGGAACAUGGAACCCGUUCAACCCAGAAACAUGCCGUUUGAUGAUUGGAAUGUUUGACUCAAAUGGAGAUGGAGCCAUUAACUUCCAGGAAUUCCAGGCUCUUUGGAGAUACAUCAAUGAUUGGACAAAUUGUUUCCGCGGUUUCGAUACUGAUGGCUCUGGAAAUAUCGACAAAACUGAGCUCACCAAUGCAUUAACCCAAUUCGGAUACCGGCUAUCUCCACAAUUCUACAACAUCCUCAUGCAUAAGUUCGAUCGCUCUCAUAGCAACCGAAUCAAUUUCGAUGACUUCAUUCAACUUUGCGUCGUCCUUCAAACCCUCACAGCCGCCUUCAGAGAUGUUGACAGCGACCGCGAUGGAGUGAUCACCGUCGGAUACGAGCAGUUCCUCACAAUGGUCUUUUCCUUGAAAAUGUGA